AUGAAUGCUGAUUCCACGUUGGAAAGCUUGGAGUUGGAUGGCAUCAUGCCGGCUCACUACUCCAGGACCACAUCCGACUUUGUCUUUCGACACCUUUCAGCUACAGCUAGACGCGUGCAAAAGGAGCUGGCAAGCCAAACCCGUAAAAGCGUCACAUUGUUAUGCGAUGCAAGCCCUAAAGGAACAAUGAAUGCAGCUCAGCCACGCAGGUUGGGUGAAAUUCAACAAAAACGCUUGGCCUCCAGGGAGAAUCUCAAGGCUGUUUCUAAUGUGCUACAGCACGUGGCCUUGGACCUGGAUUCUAUCUUUCCUUCGGAUGUGCUACAACCAAUUCGUCCCAGCUGCGAAGAACGGCACAUUCAUCGCGUGGGCCAGGAGCGACUCGCCUACGUCAAAAACAAGGAGAGUGGUGAGUGCAGGUGGGAUCAUCCUCGACCGGACCCCAAUUUGCUUCGACUGGUUCUUGCCCCCGAUGAGGGUGGGCCAUUGUUCUGUGGGUAUCAAUUCCUCUCGUCCAGGGGCGGGGCUGUUAUUCUGAAUCGGGACGAGUCGUGCCCUGCUUGCAAUCAAUUGAUUCCUCGUUGGAUGUUGGGUAUGCUGUUAUUUGCGAAGGCACAAGUUGCACAACCAUCACCAGCGGCUCCUGCACUCGUCCGCCCUGAUGCACCGCCACUUCUAUGCAGAUCCAGCAUGUGCUUAAGACAGUUUGACCAUGUAAGCAUGUCCCGAGGAUGCUAG